AUGGGCUCACAGUCGGCGAUAUUAAGUUCUAGAGUUAAUGCUGAAAAUGAAUAUUUGUUUGUUACAGAUAUAUACCAGGAAUUUACUAUAUUUGUCAUUCAACUGUUAUCCAAGAGUGAAGCCCUUUACAAACCCUGUUACACAUUCAAAGGUCGUUUUCAAAUGCCCCGGAUUCUCUUCUCAUGCCACGACGGUCAAGGCCACCAAGGCCGUUACAUCUACAUUCGGGACGAUCGGAGGGAUCAAGAUUACUUUGCUCUCUGCGAGGUUGAAGUGUUUGCCCACAGAGAUGUGAUUCAAACUUCAACAACAUGUUUGAACAGCGGCACGUGGGAAAAAAUAAACAUAUCCUGUAUACCUGAUGGAGAUCGUAAUCUUCCUGUAAAGUUAACUGGCAAAGAAUGGAAUGAAGAAACUGGCGAUGAUCAUGAGCCUGAUGAUUUCUUUAUUGGAAUGACAGGGCUAAUUUCUAUUGGAAUUUUCUGUAGUUUGCUCAUCAUAAGUCUCAUUACACUGGCAGUAUUUUUAGCUAAGAGGUUCCAGUCAAAAAAGAAUGUUGAGGCAACACUGCAGUCAUCCACAAAUGACCUUAUUAUUGGUAAUACUAAAGAUAAUAUGUAUGAUAAUGGGACUGGAUCUGCACCAUCCAACACCACAUCAAUCACAACUUCGACAACAGCAACAGUGACAACAGCUCCUCCACAAGUUCUCAGUGCUACUAUCGACAAAGUCUCAGUACCUGCAACAACUAUGCUUCCUCUCUUUACACAAGGUCAGGAGCAUUCUAAAUACGACACAUUACAGUCAUUUCCCAGUGUCAGCAGCUAUAAUUCAACAGUAGCAACUGAUAUUGAAGAUGAGCAUCAUUUUAACAGAAUGAAAAGAAUUGAACAAGGAAUUGUUUCAGAAAGAAUGAGAAGACCACCAAAUUCAGUUUAUGACACCAUGCGUCUCCAUGCUGCACCAGACCAUGCGCAAGUAGAUCCAGAGUAUGAAACUGUACGAAGUUUACAACAGUUGGCAGCUGAGUCAUCCUAUGAUUUAAUUCAUCCAAAUGGUCUUGUCGGAACUCUCAACAAACCCAAAGGAAAGCAAGGUCGAUCAAUACCAUCUGCUUUAAAGAUGUUCCUUCAACCAUCUUCAAAACCUACUGAAUCAGAAUUAUGUGAUGGCACUGUCCCUGCAGAGGUACUUGCACUCUAUGCUCAAGUUGACAAAUCCAAGAAGAGAAAGUAUCGAGCAGAUAUGCCCACAAGGCUAGAAGGCCAGAUGCAUGGAAGUCAUGUCUCUAGUCAAACAGAUGUAUGUGAAUGUACCAACUAUCCCAUUAGUGAUAUUGCAAGGAUAUCUCAAGAAUCUUACAAUCCACCUUUGUGGAAUGGAAAUUCUAAAGAUUGCUCUGAUACAUUACGGGAAAGCAAUGUAUCAAAUGGAAGACCUCUGCCAUCUGUUCCAAGUAUUAGAUUCAUUCAGAGCAGUUCACCUAGUUCUGACAUGAAAACACAAACAAUAGAAUGUGAUCAACUUUAAAAAGUACAUUGUUGUGAUAAUAGUAUGAAUGCUGGGAAAUAAAAUUAGAUUUUACCCAGUGUCAAAGUAUCAUGAGUGUGUUUGUGGUUAAAUUAGUGUCCAUUUGAUGGCCAUGAAAAAGUACUUCUGUGAUGAAAACAUUCUAUUUCCUGAUUAUAUAUUUGUAAACAGCAAUGACAACAUGGUGUAUUCAUUGUAUAAACAAUUAAGACCAUUGGACAUUUAACUUCUAAAACUGUUGAGUAUAUAAUGCACAUAUCUUCAUCCUACUUAGAUGAAUUGUAUUUUGAAUCUGUCUAUUCCCAAUCAUGUUUUCCUUUGGAACUUGUUUCACAUAAUCUAGAUUUAUAAUCUUUUAGCUCCACAGCUUCCAAAUAAAUGGUCAGUGCAGUCCAUGAAUCUUUGAUGCUAUAACUAUAUUAUUGUGAAAUACUGUAAUGAACAUAUAUCAAGAUUAGUGCAUAAAGCAUUUGUCUGGAAUAACAUUAUUAUAGAAUUCAGAGUCAGCUGCAGUGUUUAUUGGCCUUUUUUAAUGGUAGCUUUAUGGUACUGUAUAAUUAAGUUAAUGUGCUGACAAUCUUGGGACAAAGAUUGAUGUGACAAAAUUGUAAAAUUUUUGUGUGUUUCAAAUAUCCUUCCCUAAGCCUCAUUAAUUCUGACUAAAUUUAUAGGAAAAUCCUCAAACAUUGAUAUAUGAAUCUGUUUUACAAAUUGCAUUCAUUUUACAUUGUACAUUCCAAAAUGUACAACUAUUCAGUACAAUAUAAUAUGAAAUGGAAACGUUAUUUGUGAUGUAUUUAUGUGUUGAGUAAGUGUAUAUUGGUCUUACAUGUACCUCUCAAAUAAGCAAGGACAUAUGUGUGCACUGACUAACUUGUGACUGUAAGGACAGUGUUUAGUGUUAUGUGCAGUGCAUUUUAGACAAUGAAAACAAACAAAGAAUUUACAUUGGUUAAGCUCAAUUCAGAAAAAUAAAUUUGGCAAUAUAUUUUUAUUACCUGGACGGCCGAUUGAGACAUUUUAACUGAUCGUCAGACCAGAGACUAUAAAGAACAAUUAGUAGAUGAAAUAUUGAUCUACAACAUUGUGAAAAUAACAUAGCACUUAUUUUAUGCAUAGAGAUUUUGAUGUUAAAUGGAUGACUGUACUUCUUCAAUGUGUGUAUUAAGAAAAAUAAUAUAAGAAGAAGAAGAAAAUAAUUCCAAAUAAAUCUCCAUUAACUGUGAGUUUAAGGUGAUCACAAGUGCAUAUUGUGUGUGCUACAAGGUUGAUUCAUCUGCAAUGUCAGCUGAAAGUUUCUUGGCAUAGGGGAGAAGUUCUAAAACGAAGUAUUGUGAAGGAAAGUGAAAACAAAUUUUGCUGUAUCUGUUUGAAGGAACUUCAGUGUCAAGAAAGAAACUUGUGUCUACUGGACUUUGUGGAAAAAAUAUGUAACUGGAAAUAUUUACAUGCGUUACUCAUAUUUAUCUUGACAUGUCAAACAAUAUCAGAUUAUUCAUAAAUGAUCUUAUUUCAUUUGCGUAUAUUAUGUAAUUCAUUUUAAAUGUAUUAUGUAAAUUAAUGUAAGAAAUAUGGAAGAAACUCUGGAAAUUAAGGCAAAUAUAUAAAAUUAAUUAUACACC